CACUGAGAAUCCCCCAACAGCUGGGGAAGAUAUGGACGAUCCGGCCUUCACUAACGAUUCCAUCGGCGCCAUCUUGCUGUACAAGUGCCAGCCUAACUACUACAUAAACUAUACCUACAUGUUGGUGCCUACCAACACAAGCAGCGGCAGCCUGACGCAGUUUGUUUCUGUGCCCAUAUUUCCGCUCAAAAAAACGAUGGAACUCACGUGCUCACAAGACGGCAACUGGACCAAGCAAUACCCCGACGCUGACAUCAGAUGUUAUCACCCUUGCAUGAUCAAACUGCCGACAUUGGUCAACGCCUGGUCAGACUUCAACUCGUCCAAGAACUACUCCGAUGCAAACAACCAGACUCUUUCAGUCGAGUGCUUACCGGGGUACGAGUUCGCCUUCAACAAGACCAAGCAAGUUCUGACCUGCGCGGCAUCUAAGUGGGACGACAGAAAACUCUUGCCAUGCUACAAAGUGUGUCUGGAUCCAAUUCGGGAAGCUGGAGAAGAAAUGACAGUGGCGAACGUUACAGCAAAUUCCGUCAACACCACCAUGACCUACGCGUGUACGGAGGGACAUCAUCUGAACACUACGGAGGUAUGA